AAGCAUCUCAAGCUCUGGAGUAGCUAGUAUACUUCGUAGCCUAGAGUAGGUAUAGCCUUCCAAGCGAAGCCAUCUCGUUGAUUCGUUGAGCCGUUCCGACUGUUUUGGCGGUAAUCCUUUCGAAAGUGCAUUUCGAUUGUUCAUCGUAGUGAAAACUCUGUUAUUUUCAAAAAAUGCCGUCGAAAAGAAAAGUGACCAACAACUCCAACAAGCGAAAAUCUCCGGAUUCGCAAGACAACGCGGCCAUGCCCUUGAAACGGGCAAAAACCUCCAGAAAGAAGCCUGAAGUAUUCCCAAAUGAAGUGCCGCUAAAAAUAGAAGUUACCAACAAUUCCAACAAGCGCAAAUCUCCAGAUUCGCAAGACAACGCGGCUGUGCCCUUGAAACGGGCUAAAACUUCCAGAAAGAUGCCAAAAGUACUCCAGAAUAAUGAUCCCAAAGUUAAAGAGAUUCUACGUCAAGUGACCACGAGUGGUAUUAUUCUUACUUGCGGUCAAGGAGACACAGGCCAACUUGGCUUGGGUGACGAUAUACUGGAAAAAACACGGUUUGCUCAAGUGCCAAACUUUACAAAGAUCGUGGCCAUCGCAGGAAGUGGCAUGCACAAUGUGUGCCUCACCGAUGAAGGUAAAGUAAUCACCUUUGGAUGUAAUGAUGAGGGAGCUCUCGGUAGAGAUACGAUCGAGGGCGGUGAAGCUACUCCUGGACUCGUGGAUUUACCUGGACGUGCGAUCCAGGUGACGGCAGGAGACUCACAUAGUGCCGCGUUAAUGGAGGAUGGAAGAGUUUUCGUUUGGGGAUCUUUUCGGGAUUCACAUGGAACACUUGGACUGUUGACUAAAAACAAAGAAAGUACUCCAGUACAAAUUCUACGUAACCAAAAGUUUAUUAAAAUUGCUUCUGGGUCCGACCACUUGGUUUUACUAGAUAAUACCAGGAAAGUUUUUACUUGUGGUUGCGGUGAGCAGGGCCAACUUGGACGGUUACCUGAACGCAAAACAGAUAGAAACAGUGGUCGAGGUGGUAAUAAAUUACUCACACCUGAUCAAGUAUAUUUCAAAAUAAGCAAAAAAAUAGAAAUUGAAAAUAUAUGGGCUGGUAGCUAUGCUACCUUUGCCAAAGACGCAAAUACGGAUGAUCUGUAUGUUUUUGGCUUAAAUAACUAUGGUCAAAUUGGUCUUAAAAAUUGCGACAAAUCUUUUCACCCUAAAGUGUCAGAUACCUUAAGUCGACGUAAAUGGAUUCAAAUUAGCUCUGGACAGCAUCACACGAUUGCUCUGGACGAAAAAGGGCAAGUUUACGUUUUGGGAAGGAAAGAGUAUGGGAGACUAGGUCUUGGCAUUGUGAGUGAAGACGCCACGGAACUCGUUGUUGUACCCAAACUAAGUAAUACCAAAUGCAUAGAUGUUGCAGCUGGUACUGCUCAGUCUUUUGCUGUAACAGAAAAUGGAAAACUUUACGCCUGGGGAAUGGGCUCUGAAGGCCAGCUUGGUACUGGAGAAGAAGAUGAUGUAUUAGAACCCAGAGUCAUUGAAUCCAAAUAUGUGAAAGAUCUUGAAGUUCUUCGAGUUUCAGCUGGAGGACAGCAUACCAUUAUUCUUGCAAAAAAAAUCAAUGAGUAAUUUUUUUUUAUCA